AUGGAUUCUGUCCCAGGGAAGGAGAGCAACGGUAUUGCCCCUAACCUCAAUGGGGGCGCGUCUCCAGCGAAGCAGCAGUUGGAAGGGAAGGAGGCAUUGCGGUAUGCAAACAUCCUUCGGUCGCGGAAUAAGUUCACUGAUGCGAUCAACUUGUACAACAUUGUUCUUGAGAAGGUGGGCGGCAAUGUGGAGGCCCUUAUCGGGAAAGGGAUUUGCCUCCAGGCGCAGAACCUACCAAGACAGGCCAUUGAGUGCUUUACAGAAGUUGUCAAAAUCGAGCCAGGAAAUGCGUGUGCUCUUACACAUUGUGGGAUGGUUUACAAAGAUGAGGGUCACUUGGUUGAAGCAGCAGAGGCAUAUCAAAAAGCACGGACGGCAGAUCCUUCCUACAAACCUGCUUCGGAACUUCUUGCUAUUGUGUUGACUGAUCUUGGAACUAGCUUGAAGCUUGCGGGUAAUACAGAGGAGGGAAUUCAAAAAUAUUGUGAAGCUCUGGAAGUAGACAACCACUAUGCGCCGGCUUAUUACAACCUUGGAGUUGUUUAUUCGGAGAUGAUGCAAUUUGAAAUGGCUCUUAGUUGUUAUGAGAAAGCUGCACUGGAGAGACCAUUGUAUGCCGAGGCCUAUUGCAACAUGGGAGUUAUCUAUAAGAAUCGGGGAGACCUAGAAGCAGCAAUUGCCUGCUACGAGAGGUGCUUGACUAUUUCCCCCAACUUUGAGAUUGCUAAGAAUAAUAUGGCAAUAGCACUAACUGACUUGGGAACAAAGGUAAAAAUUGAAGGUGACAUCAAUCAAGGUGUGGCAUAUUACAAGAAAGCUCUGUUCUAUAAUUGGCAUUAUGCUGAUGCCAUGUAUAAUCUUGGUGUUGCAUAUGGUGAAAUGUUGAAUUUUGAGAUGGCCAUUGUCUUUUACGAGCUUGCUCUGCACUUCAAUCCUCGCUGUGCGGAAGCAUGCAACAAUUUAGGAGUAAUAUACAAGGAUAGGGAUAACCUUGACAAAGCUGUUGAAUGUUAUCAAAUGGCACUGUCAAUUAAGCCAGUUUUCGCCCAGUCACUAAAUAACCUUGGAGUUGUCUAUACUGUUCAGGGUAAGAUGGAUUCUGCUGCAAGUAUGAUUGAGAAGGCCAUACAUGCUAAUCCCACAUAUGCUGAAGCAUAUAAUAAUCUAGGUGUUCUUUACAGAGACGCUGGUAGUAUUACUUUAGCAAUUCAUGCUUACGAGAGAUGCCUUCAGAUCGAUCCUGAUUCACGAAAUGCUGGCCAGAACCGUUUGCUUGCAAUGAACUAUAUUGACGAGGGCUCUGAUGACAAACUUUAUGAAGCUCACAGGGAGUGGGGAAAACGCUUUAUGAAAUUGUAUCCACAAUAUACAAGUUGGGAUAACUCAAAAGUUGCUGAUCGCCCAUUGAUCAUCGGUUAUUUGUCUCCUGAUUACUUUACUCAUUCUGUGUCCUACUUCAUUGAAGCUCCCCUUACACACCAUGACUACACAAAUUGCAAGGUGGUUGUCUACUCCGGUGUUGUAAAGGCAGAUGCCAAGACACUUAGAUUCAAGGAUAAGGUGUUGAAAAAGGGUGGAUUAUGGAGAGAUAUAUAUGGUAUUGAUGAAAAGAGGGUUGCUAGCUUGGUAAGGGAGGAUAAAGUGGACAUACUUGUGGAACUUACUGGUCACACAGCAAAUAAUAAGUUAGGAACAAUGGCAUGCCGACCUGCUCCUAUUCAGGUUACCUGGAUUGGCUACCCCAAUACAACAGGUUUGCCAACAAUUGACUACCGAAUCUCAGACUCAUUGGCUGAUCCACCUAUUACAAAACAAAAGCAUGUUGAAGAGUUGGUGCGCCUUCCUGAAAGCUUUCUUUGUUAUACUCCUUCCCCGGAAGCUGGGCCCAUUUGUCCAACGCCAGCAAUUUCAAAUGGUUUCAUCACUUUUGGGAGCUUUAACAAUCUAGCAAAGAUUACACCAAAAGUAUUGCAAGUUUGGGCCAGAAUAUUAUGUGCCGUCCCUAACUCCAGGCUUGUGGUUAAGUGCAAACCAUUCUGCUGUGAGAAUAUAAGACAGAAAUUUUUGUCCACACUAGAGGAGUUGGGUUUGGAGUCAUUACGGGUUGAUCUGUUGCCACUCAUCCAUCUGAAUCAUGAUCACAUGCAGGCGUAUUCCUUGAUGGACAUCAGCCUGGAUACAUUUCCGUAUGCUGGUACUACGACUACAUGUGAAUCUUUAUACAUGGGUGUUCCAUGUGUUACAAUGGCUGGUGCUGUCCAUGCUCAUAAUGUUGGUGUUAGCCUGCUCAGCAAAGUUGGGUUGGGGAGGCUGGUUGCCAAAACUGAGGAUGAGUAUGUCAGCUUAGCGUUGGGUUUGGCAUCAGAUGUGAAUGCCUUGCAAGAACUGAGAAUGAGUCUCCGGGAACUGAUGAUGAAGUCACCCGUCUGUGAUGGAGAGAAAUUCACCCGUGGCCUGGAAGCUGCAUACAGGGACAUGUGGCGCAGGUAUUGUGAUGGGGACAUACCAUCUCUCAGGCGCUUAGAACUGUUAGAGGAACAUCCUGUUGUCAAUAAGCCAAACUCGGACAAGGCCUCCGAGAAGCUUGCAGAUCUGAAAGCACAGAGAGCAUGCGUGACUGUGGAGGAAGAUAAGCAGCCCCCAAUAAUGGCGAAUGGUGUGAGAUCACCCGAUUCACCUGCUCCUGCAAAAUGUGAAGCAAAUGGCAACAGCAGCCAAUGA